CCUCUUUUGUGAAGGGGCAGCUAAGAAGACUCCUGCGCUCGCCAUGGCCGACGAGAAACCCAAGGAAGGAGUCAAGACUGAGAACAACGAUCAUAUUAAUUUGAAGGUGGUGGGGCAGGAUGAUUCUGUGGUGCAGUUUAAGAUUAAGAGGCAUACACCACUUAGUAAACUAAUGAAAGCCUAUUGUGAACGACAGGGUUUGUCAAUGAGGCAGAUCAGAUUCCGGUUUGAUGGGCAACCAAUCAAUGAAACAGAAACACCUGCACAGUUGGAAAUGGAGGAUGAAGAUACGAUUGAUGUGUUCCAGCAGCAGACAGGAGGUGUCUACUAAAAAGGGAACCUGCUACUUUACUCCAGAAUUUUGUUAUAGACCAAGAAUAUACUCACAAUUAGAAAGCCGCAAUUUGGUUCCACCACAUCCUGACUACUACAGUAUAGUUUUCCCUAUUCUUUCAUUUCCCUGUCCCCAUUUCUUUAUUGUACAUAAAGUAACUGGUGUAUGUGCACAAGCA